AUGUACAAGUUCUCAGCACCAAACUCGCCCGGCUUGUCGCCUACUCUAUCAGCACGAACGACAACUUCAUAUGCGCCGUCUAUUCGGACGAUUGAUAUAUUCGACCCUGUUGUCGUGUUGUCUCGUGCUGACAUUAGGGCAUCAAUCGAAGCUUAUGAGCAGUUGCUUAGUACAGCCAAAAUUUACCGAAAUCAGUUGAUUGCCUUGUCGCAAGCUACUGCUGGAUUCGGUCAAGCAUUGGAGCGAAUGGCCCGAUGUAAAGGCGCGCUAGAAGCUGGUCCUGGUUUGCAAGCAGCCGCAGGAUUACACUAUUUGAUGUCGAAUCAUCAACAGGUUCUGAGUGAUUCAUUUUAUAAGAAAUUUGAGAUACCGCUAUUGGAAAAUUUGGAUGUACACAAAUCAGCGAUUGUUGCAAACGAGGAAAGUUAUGACAAAACUCUUGUCGAGAUGAGCAAAAGGAUUAAAGAAACUGAAGCAGAGAAUUUACGAAUUGGUAGAAAGAAACAGAGGGAUCUUGCUCAAUUUAGAAAGGCUCUGAGAGAUUUGACACAACAAGUAGAGCAAAUGGAUCAGCUCAAGAGUGAAUAUUAUCACCAGACUCUUGACCACGAGCAGAAUAAUUUGAAUUUUAUUCUAUCCAAGGUUGCAACCAUUGUUCGCGCCGAAGUUGAUAUUCACGAAAGAAUAUACACAAAAGGAUUGGCCGACCCAUUACUCGAAGCUAUGACAUCUCAAGGUUCAGACCCAUUUUGCGCACAUACAACUGCAGACGAAUCAUCGGAAAUUUUUACUGUACUUCCACCAGUUUCAAUUAUUAAUAAUCUAACACCAGAAAUAAACAAUAUAGCUGACUUCUCAUCUGAGGAGAACGUUUAUGCAGUUCGUGCUCAUGCACAUCAAUCGCAACUUCCUACACAACAAGAAGACAAGAAUAUGGUGGCACGCGAUCAAUUAAUCAAUGGAUAUAACGGGGUGGCGAAUAAUCAGUCUACAUCAAAUUCAAGUAUAUAUGCACCGAAUGCUACUGCUAGCAGUAUCGUACUCCCAACAGAAUCGGAUACUUUAUCAACAAAUCAACGUUUUACCCAAUUAAAGCAACAACAACUUGAUUAUAUAUCAGAGGAGGCAGAGUUUUCACGUAAUAAUUUAGAGAAUAACUCUGGUGUGUCUAAUGCACCAAAUAACGACAGCAGCGAAACGUUGGAACCGAUGGAUUUGGAGAAUGACAUGACCCCAAAAGAUAACACAACACUGAGUAUCAUUUUCGAAGCCGAUUCUACAGCAAGUGUGGAACAAUCUACGUCAAAUCAAGAGAUUACAGUUGAACAAUGA